AUGUUUCUCCUUAUUAUAAUGGCUAUGUACCUGACAGCCAUUUCUUCUGCCCAAGAAGUUAAAGGAAACAAACGAACCGAAGCCACAAAGGAAACAGCAGAGCUUGGAAAAGCGUUAAACCUUCACAAGACCAACAUAUUAGAAGAUUUCAAGGAACGCGAAGCAAGUAUUUUUGAGCCUUUCCCUGAAGAAUGCUUCAAAAAAGAAAAGCUUAACAUCUCCAAAAGUUAUUACAAUUAUUAUGAAAGUACCAAGGCGUUUUACUCAAAGUUGGCCACAUCAACAGGCUUGGAUGUCUCGCUGGAAUCGACUUAUUCCCUGGGAGUUACACUGAAUAGUGUAACAAAGAGAACAAAUUCAAAAGAAUCGAAUUUGAGCGGCAUCUCUCUAGUAGUCGAAGCAUUAGUUAAAAAGCUUCGCCUAAGCAAAGACUGUUUAAACGAUGACAACCACAACUUUAAGAAGAGCUUUAUUGCUGACCUAGAGCGACUUCCGUUGAAAAUAAAUCGGCCCUGGUUGCAAAAUUCAUGGCGGUCCUACCAUGAUUUCCUAGAAGAGUACGGCUCCCACGUUGUUACUUCCGUUUUGCGUGGAUCAAGGAUCAAACAGAUGUCAUUUACACGAAGUUCAAAAAGCUACAGUGAAAGAGAGCUACAGGUCAAAGCCUGCGUUUCCUUAGCUGGAACUAUAUCCGCUGGAAAUAUUGGUGUGUCUGCAUGCACCAAUGUCACCAAAAGCGAGUCGUAUAAAGCGUACCAGAUGAGCACCACUGAUAAGCGGAUCGUUCGAGGGGGAAGCAGCGCCACUCGUAAUAAGCUGUUACACGACAUGUCGAAGGAACUUAUCGAGAGACUUAUGAAUGAAGCUAGUGAAACCCAUUCGUCUGUUCAGCACACCUUUAGAGCGGUGUGGCAAAUCUUACAGAGCCGUUUUACCUCAGGUUCACCAAACUACGUCAGAGCCUUAAACCUUCAGUACUACUAUCUCGGAUACUUGAACUAUGGUUGUCAUUAUCAAGAAAGAAGAGGACUUGCCUUUCAGAAAUUCGACUACACAAAACGUACUUCCGACAAUUAUCCGGAAUUCGAGUGUUCAUUGGCUAGAGGAGGUUGUCACAGUGACAAUGACUGCCACUACAGACCGGUUUGGUGUGCGUGUCGUGGCGAGACGUGUGUUCGCUACGUGAAAGAGAAACAAGAUACAGGUGUGUCAAAAGUAAAAGCAACUCCAAACAUCGGUUCCUGGGGUGAUAUGGGAUGGCACGGUUGUGAUUGGAGAGUCUGGGCGUCUUAUUGUGCUUGCUAUAACUAUGAUAGACAUGUGAGGAGGGUCGUGUGGUCUUUGCCCAGCAGAGAUGUCGCAUCAGACAAACUCCUUAUUCAUCAUAGCGACCAUCACAAAGCUAAGCAUCAAGGGCUGAUUAAAGAGGAAGGGAGUGCUGAAAAAUCGUAA